CUUUUGAGAGCUUUGACACCUGUUCCCUUCUGUGUUCAGAAGAAUAAGCUGAGCAGAAAGUGGCCUAGAGGAUUGAGAGUCGGGGCAAGGAGAUCUUCGGUUUUUGGUCCAGACCAUUUACUAAGACAAAGAACCCAGGAGGAGGAAGAGGCCAGCAUUAAGUUCAUACUGAAGAAGGAUAAAAGAGGUUCCUGUGUGCCUGGCUUGAGUGGACUCUUCCUGGAAGUGAAGUUGGGGAAUCCUGAGCCUCAGUCAGGCAGUCCCAGCCUCGGGGUUUGGGCGUGGAUCACUAAUGGGCAAGGGGUCUGGGUUUCUGAGGGAAACCUGCCCGUCAGUCGUGGCUGACCUUCAGUACUCCUCAGAACUGGAGGACGAGGACAUGACGAGGAAGAAAGGGCUGUCUAGAGAACACUGCAGUGCCUGGAACCGCCCUCACGGUCUGGUUGGUUUACACAACAUCGGACAGACCUGUUGCCUGAACUCCUUGGUUCAGGUGCUGAUGCUGAAUGUGGACUUCAGGAAGAUAUUGAAGAGGAUAACGGUGCCGCGGGGAACAGAGGAGCGGAAGAGAAGCGUCCCCUUCCAGUUGCUUUUGUUGCUGGAGAAGAUGCAGGACAGCCGGCAGAAGGCAGUGCUGCCGCUGGAGCUGGCUUACUGCCUCCAGAAGUACAACGUGUCCUUGUGUGUCCAGCACGACGCUGCUCAUCUCUACCUUACCAUCUGGAACCUGACUAAGGACCAGAUCACUGACGUGGACUUGGCAGAGCGCCUGCAGACUCUGUUUGCAAUCUGGACGAAGGAGUCCCUGAUUUGUUUGGGCUGUGACGCAGAGAGCAGCAGAAUCAGUUGGCUGCUCACUCUCUCUCUUCCUCUUUUUGACGUGGACUCAAAGCCUCUGAAAACACUGGUGAGAGACUUCUCAUUUGUCUCCCUGCAGUCUGAAGUGCACUAUGAACUCUUUGCGGUGGUCGCCCAUGUGGGGUUGGCUGACUUUGGUCAUUACUGUGCCUACAUCCGGAAUCCUGUGGAUGGAAAAUGGUUCUGCUUCAACGACUCCCAUGUUUGUAGGGUGACCUGGGAGGAUGUCCAGUGUACCUACGGCAAUCACAGAUACCGCUGGCGGGAAACUGCUUAUCUCUUGGUUUACAUGAAGAUCGGAUCCUGAUGGAUAUGCUCACAGGCAGUGGUGGACUCUCAUUUUCCUUUCCUGUACCCAUGUUUGCUGCACCUUCAAUGAGAAUCAUAAUUUAAAAAACAUAGUUAAACCUUAUUUAUAAGCAGAAGUUAAUAUUGCUGUGGCUCGUCUCCUAAAAGCUCACAUGCAGGAGGUGUGGUUCUUAGUGUGUCAAUAUUUAGGUGGUAGAACCUUUAAGAGACAAGGCCCAGUGGGAGGUAUUUGGUCCAUGGGAUCUCUCUCUUCUGUGCACUAAUGGUUCGUUUUUCUGUUUCUCUACCAUGCUAUGAUGCAACCAGGGGUCCACAAUAUGAUGCCAGUGCCAUGCUGGUUGGAUCCUCCAGCCGUUAAAAUUUUCAAUUAAAUAAAGGUUAUUACACAUGA